GUCAUAGUUUUGGAGUAAACCCUUGCUGUCCAGGGAGCAUCCACUGAAAGCUAAAAACUAGAUCAGUUUAACUACUCACCUAGAAUCUCAUCUCUCACAAAGAUUUGAACUACCGGUACAUGAUGGAUGCCGUAGACACCUUGCAGAGCUCAACCUCAGAGACCAAGGCUGAGCGGAUUGCUCGCUACAAGGCAGAAAGAAGGAGGGAGUUGGCAGAGCGCUAUGGCAACACGGAGGAAUUUACCCCUAAAUAUAUCCGAAGGGAGCAGAAAAUUAGUGACACAUCCGAAACAGAGUCCUCUGGAACUAAGGAGAGAGAAAAACAUGAGGAUAAUGGGUCAGAGCCGAAGAACUCCAGGAGGGGUUUAAGAAAUAAAGUUGCAGACAACAGUGAUGAGGCCACCCAGGAAUCGGAAACAAAUACUGACCUUAAAGCAGAGACAAAAUCAGAGGUUAUGUCCUCCAUAAAGGUGUCUUCUAAUUUCAGGCUGCUGGAAACUGAUGACCCAGAGGAGCCUAAGGCUGAUGAGACGCCUGCAGAUUCUGCAAGCAAGAUGUCUAAUUUUAAGACCACUUUUGAAGCAGAGGGGACUGAGGAUGGUAGCAGACUCCAGCGCUGUGAUGAUAGAACAAAGCAUCAGUUAAUCAGCAGUGACAGAGAGGAAUCUUUGACCAGCCUCUCCGAUGCUGAUAAAGCAAAGGCAAUGGAAGAGUCCACAGAGGGAUUUUCCUGGAAGGAGCAUCAAGAGCCUACUGCCAUUACAGAAGAGAAGCAGCCCAUCAGGUUCCCCUCAGAUAGAGCUUCUCCCCCUAGCAAGAACAGAGAAGCCUCACCCCCUCCCAGUCCUCUCGGCCAGUCUACGUCUUCACUGCAGCGCCAAGACUCUGGGCCUCAAGGCAUCAAGGGAAUCCUAAAGAAAAGCCGCUCCACCAGUGUGGAGUCAGACCACAGUGAUGGCAUAGCACCUGGGCACAUUCCUCCUCGGCAAACCAGUGUCACCUUGAGCCACCCUGAGAGUGAGGAGGAGGAAGAAGAACAAGAAGAAAAAAAGGAGGGGGAGGAGGAGGAGGAGGAAGAUGAUUAUAAUGAAGUUGAACAAGAGGAGGAGAUGGAGGAAGAGGUCAACAGGGAAUUCUAUAAAGAGGAGGACUCAUCAACUGAUGAUCUCCCAGAUGGUAGCAGCAUCAGCAUGCACAGAGAAGAGACCAAUAGCAGCAGCAGCAGCAGAGAGAGCUUUGAUGAGAUGCGGAGUCCCUCACCUGAUGAAAGCCUGGAGACCACCUCAACAGUGUCCGAGGACGUCGAUGAGCUGGAGAGCAGUUUGGAUCGCAGUCAAGGCUCAGCGGUGAAACAAAGACUGGCAGUUCUGUCUGGUGGGGACGGUGAAACGAAAGACAAACUAAAGAAGGCAAAGCCGUCGGAACUGAUCCAAACGCCACUGGCUAAUCGCUUCAGCCAGCUCCACGAUGCUGAGAACGCCUGGAAGAAAAAGAAGUCCAAUGCAGAUCCAGAGCCCAAAAUGUCUCUGGCAGAGAGGAUGAAGAUCCUUAAAGACAAGGAGGAGCAGUGGAAGGGCAAAGGCAAAGGAGCAGCCAAUGACUCUGUUCAGUUCACAGUGGCUGGGCGAAUGGCCAAGAAAGGUCUCGUGUCCAGCGACGAGUCACCUAUCAUCUCUCUCAAGAAGUCCAGCGCCACACCAGUGAAACCACAUGAAGAAAUCUCCAGUAGGACUGACGUCAAAGUGGAGGGAGAUAAACGACUCGACAAGCUGGAGUCCUUCCUCGAUAAACUCCACAGUAAAGGUGCGAGCAAAACCAAGUCAUCCACCAUCGAAGUGACUGCAGAGGCGGAGAAAGAGGUGAUGACUCUGGAUGACGAGGAGACUUUUGGCAACUUCUACAAACCUGUCUCCCCCUCCACCCUCCUGGAGUCUAGUAUGGUUUGGACUGAGGAAGACCUAAGUGAGAUCCAGGCUGAUACACCAAAGCUGACCUCAGCUGUAGCAGAACACAAGCGAGCUGUGCGACCAGCCAGAAGGAAUCAAGGCUCCAGGAAUCCCCUGCGGGCUCUUGCUGCCCGUAAUGACCUCCGGCAGGGUUACACCGAGCAGAGGCUUAAUGUGGCGUCAGUGGAGACCAAGAGGAUUCAGGUGGAAAGAAUGGCAAAGCAUUCCAACUUGGCCGACGUGGCCUUGGCUGGGCUCGCCAGCAAGGAAAACUUUCGCAAGGUCAGCCUGCGCAGUGUGAAGUCCACAGAGGUUGUGACUAACAACAGUGCGGUGCCUUUUCACAAGCUCAUGCUUAUUCGCAUCAAAGGUCGAAGGCACAUCCAGGUGCGCUUGGUUGAGCCGACGGCUCGCUCACUGAACAGUGGUGAUUGCUUCCUCCUUAUAACCCCAAAGCACUGUUUUAUGUGGAGCGGAGAAUUUGCCAAUGUCAUUGAGAAAGCCAAGGCAUCAGAGAUGGCAUCUUUUGUUCAGGCCAAGCGGGACCUUGGCUGUAAGGCUCCCCAGGUAUCUGUGCUGGAGGAAGGCAUCAACACUGAAAACAGAUGGGCCAAAGAGUUCUGGAGCCUGCUUGGGGGGAAGACCAAAUAUAGAGGGGCAGGGGAUCCAGAGGAGGAUGAGCUCUACGAGAGUGGGGUGGUUGACUCUAAUGGAGUGUACAGACUCCAGGGAGACAAACUGGUACCUCACGAAGACGCUUGGGCUUCCAUCCCCAGUGUGUCUUUGCUCGAUUCUAAAGAGGUUUUAGUCUUUGACUUUGGCAGUGAAUUGUAUGUCUGGCAUGGAAAAGAUGUGCCCUUGGGGGACAGAAAAGUAGCUGUCAAACUGGGCAAACAGCUAUACAGUGGCAACUACGACUACAGUAGCUGCAGAGUCAACCCUUUAGAUGCCUCCUGCACAAAUAAGGAUGUGCCACAGAAGGGGGAGGGACGUCCGAGCUGGACUCUGUUUGGCCGGCUGUCGGAGCACAACGAGACAUCCCUGUUCAGGGAGAAGUUCCUCGACUGGGCCGAGAGGAAGAAAGAGGAAGCAGCUCAAACAGAGGAACUCAAGAGCCCAGAAAACUCCACCAUGCGCUCCCCUUUUGACUCGGACUUGCAGCCAUGUGACGCUAAAGCCCUGCUGGACAAUGAACCUGAGCCGGUGAAGACCGUUCUGGAGGGCGUGGAUGUGCAGCGGGGUUACGGCCUGGUGAAGACAGAGGAUGGAAGACAGGCAGAGUUGGCCACCGUGGCAGUGGAAGCAUGGCACAUCAAGGAGCACGGAGAGGAGGAAUUGCCUGAAGGGAGCCUCGGCCACCUUCACGAGGACGACGCCUACGUCAUCCGAUGGAAAUACUCCAUCACCACACUUGUUGGGAAGCGGCAGAAACCCGGAGAACUGAGCGUGGCGGCUCCUGGCAGAGAGAGGAUAGCUUGUUUUUUCUGGCAAGGCCGUCACUCCAGCGCCAGUGAGAAAGGAACGUCAGCUCUGAUGACCGUGGAGCUGGGCAGCCACCGGGGGUCACAGGUGUUGGUGACUCAAGGUAAAGAGCCUCCGUGCUUCCUGCAGCUCUUCCAGGGAGGUUUGAUCAUCCAUAAAGGCAGCAGAGACGACAGUUCCAACAGCACAGACGGUUGGAGGUUGUUCUGUGUCCGCGGCGAGGCAGAGGUGGAGGCCACCCUGGUGGAGGUGGCGUGCGAGCUUUCCAGUCUGCGUUCUCGUGCCAGCCUUGUGCUGCUUAACGCUCAGAAAUCUGUCCUCUUCUUGUGGCAUGGAUGCAAAGCACAGGCAGAUUCUAAGCAGGUGGCUAAAAGAGCAGCAGACAAACUAAAGCUGAGGUGUCCCUCAGAGUUGGGACUGAACAGCAGGAGCAAGUUGAUGGUGGAGGAGGUGGAGGAAGGUUCUGAACCUGCAGAGUUUUUGAAGCCUUUAGGCCCGCAGGACAAGAAGGCUUAUGAUUGUAUGCUGCAAGAUCCUGGAAAGUACAACUACACGCCCCGACUCUUCUGGCUGAGUGCCAGCUCUGGGGUGUUCGAAGGGGAGGAGCAGCUGUACCCCGCCAGGGUGACGGAGGGAGUCAUGGCCAUGCCUUUUCUGCAGGAGAAUCUCUACUCUGCACAGCAGCCAGCCUUGUUUCUUCUGGACAACCGCAUGGAGGUGUAUCUGUGGCAAGGCUGGCAGCCCGAGGACACUCAGUGCACUGGAUCUGCAAAGAUGCGCUGGGACAGUGAGAGGAAGUGUGCCAUGGAAACUGUGUUGCAGUACUGCAAAGAGAAGAAUCCUCGGCGCCCCCCUCUGGCCUAUUUGGUCCUCGCAGGCUUUGAGCCCCUCACAUUCACAAACAUUUUCCCAUACUGGGAGAAGAACACCAACAUCACUUCUAAGGCUGGAAGCACCAAGAACAAAGUGAUCCUGGUGAAAGACGCGCUGUCGAAACUCAGUAAGCAGCAGUUCUCCAUCGAGGAGCUGACCAAGAAGCCUCUGCCGGAGGGAGUGGACCCUUUACGCCUGGAGGACUACCUGUCAGACCAGGACUUCAAGACUCUCUUUGAGAUGAGUCGAGUUGAGUUCAACGCCCUGCCAAACUGGAAGCAGAAGAACCUGAAGAAGAGCAAGGGUUUAUUUUAAAAACACAUUGUGCUGUACAAAGAUUCUUCUGUUGUUUAUUUUUUACUCUCCUCUGCAGCUUUUAGUUCCAUUUUUAUUCGACUUAAAGGAAAAAAAAAAAAAACCUCAUUUGUAAAGACUAAAAAAUGGAAAUGUAUAAUUAUGUUUUAAUGUUUAUCUGGUUUUAAUAACUGUGCCACUUUUUUAUUCUCUUGUGUCUCUAAAACAUUGUAACCAAUGAUUACGUGCAAUUAAUCUUUUCCCUUCACACUAUUAUAAAUAUGUAAUAUAAUGAAUUAAUGUUUGUUUAUGUUUACUCAGAUAUCUUAUCUAUUGUUUGUGGUUUAAAACCGUUUUCUUCCAUUUAAACUGAAAGAGCAGGCUCUGUCAACGAGGACAAGACUGCUAAUCAAAACGUUCAGAUGAUUGGUUCAAACCAACAUUUUUGCUUAAAUACCAAACUUGUUUACAAUUUUAUUUUUGUUUUAAUUUUCAGACUUCACAUCUGCAGGAAACCAACUAAAAAACAUUGCAAGUUUUGUUUGGUACUGGAUAAUAAUCCUUUAAUUAGGCUCUUCUUGGCCUCCUUUUGGUUGUUGGGACCAAACCUGAGCUGUCUGUCUCCAUAUAUAAGUUUUGGUCAAUUCUGAACUUUAAAAGCAUUACAUGUGUUACUGUGCGCCUAUGAGAGAAUGUGAGUGAGAAACUGGCUGUAUAGAAAAACUCUGUGUCUUUGUGUUGAUAUGCCACUCUUUUUUUUUGUAAUCAUGUUUUUAUUCGUGGCAAUCAGCAUCUUGUAUGCGAUAAAUUGGGUCUGUAUUAUUGGUUGAGGGAGAUUUGGGAAUGAGAUGAUCAGUAUUCCUUUUAAAAUAAAAUAUAUAUAUAAGAAAAA